GAGCGCGUGAAGGUACCAGACACGUCGACGGCACUUGGGAACAAGAGCAUGAGUUUGGAAGCGUGCGAGCAAGCGUGUCUGAAGGAUUGUAAUUGUACGGCUUACACGAGCGCAGAUGAGACGACGGGGAUCGGGUGCGUGACGUGGUAUGGGGAUUUGAUAGACACGCGAACCUUUACCAACGCGGGACAAGAUCUCUACGUGAGAGUUGAUGCAGUUGAAUUAGCUCAAUAUGCAAAAAAAAAUUCAAAUCAUCGUUCGACAAAGAAGGUGGUGGCAAUUGUCGUUGUGUCGAUCGUUGGAGCAUUGUUGCUUGUGAGCUCACUAGUUUAUUUAUGGGAAAUUAGAAGAAAAGCUGGAAGGGAGAGAUCUAAUAGUUUAUCUUACUUGGGGGAUUCUCCAAAUCCGAAUAAAGAGUUUGAUGAAAGUAGAAGGAGCUCAGAUCUGCCUGUAUUUGACUUGAAUGCCAUAGCAAAGGCAACAGACAAUUUUUCUUUUAAUAACAAGCUUGGACAAGGUGGAUUUGGGGCAGUUUAUAAGGGGAAGCUUGCAAAUGGAGAAGAAAUUGCAGUUAAAAGGUUGGCUAAGAAUUCAGGCCAAGGAGUUGGAGAGUUCAAGAAUGAAGUUACUUUAAUUGCAAAGCUCCAACACAGAAACCUCGUCAGAAUUUUAGGCUACUGCGUUAAGAAUGAAGAGAAGAUGCUCGUAUAUGAAUAUUUGCCAAACAAAAGCUUGGACUUUUUCAUCUUUGAUGAAAGCAAGAGGGCUUUGCUAGAUUGGAGAAAACGUUUUGAAAUCAUUUGUGGGAUUGCACGAGGGAUAUUAUAUCUCCAUCAAGAUUCAAGAUUGAAAAUCAUCCAUCGAGAUUUGAAGGCGAGCAAUAUCCUAUUAGAUGUUAACUUAAAUCCCAAAAUCGCAGAUUUUGGUAUGGCAAGAAUAUUCGGCCAAGAUCAAAUUCAAGCAAAUACAAAUCGUAUUGUGGGAACAUACGGUUACAUGUCGCCGGAAUAUGCGAUGGAAGGACUAUUUUCAGAGAAAUCCGAUGUAUAUAGCUUUGGGGUGUUGGUGCUAGAGAUGAUUACAGGCCGAAAGAACACCAAUCAUAUGUCCUCCUACUUAAACUUGGUCGGACAUGUUUGGGAGCUGUGGAAAGUGGAGAAAGCAACGGAAUUAGUGGACUCAAGUUUGGAAUUAGAAUCAGGUAGUGGAGAAGAAAUGAUGAGAUGCGUCCAAAUUGGGCUGUUGUGUGUGCAGGAAGAUCCGACAGAUCGUCCAAGCAUGUCGACUGUCGUCUUCAUGCUAGGAAAUGAAGUGGUUCUUCCAUCUCCAAAGAAACCUGCGUUUAUUAUGAAGAGAAAAUACAACAGUGGAGAUCCAUCCACCAGUACCGAAGGAGGCAACUCUGUAAAUGACGUUACAAUUUCCAUAAUGCAUGCUCGUUGAUAAAAAUAAUCUAAAUGUUACAUGCUAAAUUGAUUUACAGCAACAUUGGUUGGAGGGAGCACUCUUUAUUUGGUUCUUGCUGUAAAUUUUCUUAGAAAAUAUGUUGGACUUCACUAAUUUAUUUGGAUGCAUGUUAGGUGGAAGAAAAUAGAUUGCUUUGAAGUUAUACCUCACAAGUACUCAUGUUAACUCAGCCUAACCAUAUUGUAAUAUUCCAUGUUUAAAUUUGAUCAUAUGUUUUAAUUUAUUCAACA